AUGGACAAUCAGAACGCAACACUCUUGAAUGAGCUCCAUAGCGACCUUGCUCGGAAAUACCAAAAACAUGCAGCCGCGGUUGAGACCAUCUGGAAGUCGUUUAGCCCUGACGAACGAGCAAAAUGUUUCAAAGCUGGGGCUGCAGAUGGUGCUGUGUUGAAGCACCCCUUGGACCGGUCUCUGGGAGAUGUCUACAAAGUCAUACCAGAGUUGAAUUUAAACGAUAUCAUGUCCAAUCCAGACUUCCUUUUGAACAUCCUCAAAUAUCGAGCCACAGCGACCCUCUUUGAGCAGUAUUGUGCAGGCGUCAAUGGCGGCCCCGGAGAUCAUGCCAUGAUCGAAGAGUCGAUGCGCAGGGGGCUUAAACACACCAACCCCUUCAAAAACUGCUACACUAUGUUCCAAGGCUCCAUGUACGCCACAUCUUACGAAAUCGUGGCUAAAGAGGCCCUCGCCGUUUUUGAACCCGCUAUUCGCGCGCGCGUCUGUGUUCCACAGUCGGUCGGAGAGUUUGUUAUGCAAAGGCAAAUCUACACCUUGCAAACCCUCAAUAUUCUCAUCGAGGAUAUUCUGGAGCGAGGCUCGCAAACGGCGGCUCUGUCGAAACCAACUACCCAGAAGAAACGUACACCUUCCGACCUGGUCGUCAGUACUCGUGACCACCAAGACACACUUGAAGGGUACAUUGGUUUGCUCUCCACUGAGCCUGUUGUGCUUGCUCACGAUGUGAAUAUCUGGUUUUUCAGCCGCCCAGAACUCGUCCCUGACGAAAAAGGACGCCGAUUGCCUGUUCAUACCGAUAAAUACAUCAGUGCUGCUGUUUUCGAGUCAGUCCACAGUUCAAUUCAGGCAGCCGCCGUUUGGAAAUACAUAGCUAGUAUCCUCGAGCUGCUUGAGAAAUCGGCUGAGGAUAAGGCCUCUCGAGCUAUUCUCCUUCAGGAGAUUUCCAACAUAUGCCAACUCGAAUUGAAUCGUGCGCAAACCCUUUUCAAGCGCCAUGUUCAAACUUCGACGGGAUCCAAGUGGUUCAAGCGAACGUCCAACGUGUAUGAUAGUGCCGGAAAUCCGCGCGUUGGCAUAAAAGGCAAACCGGAAGACAUUGCCACAUCUGACCCACAGCUUCAUUAUAUGUUGCGUCUCUGCCAGCCAAAGCUCACUAUUCCCAACGCCACAGCCUGUAUCACGAAGCUCAGCGAGUAUCAUAAAUCUCACCCCCAGGAGCGGGAGGAGCUGGAGGAUAGAGAGGCCGACGCAUUGGGUGACCUGGCUAUCAUUAUUGGUUUUAUCCAGGACUUGUCUUCUGUGAUUCCUAUUCCCUCAUUUUCCAAUAACAAGGGUCAGAUGUUUGCCUCGAAAGCACAGGAAUUGGAAUCCGAGUUCAACCAAGUUAAGGAUCAACUUGACUUACUCGAUUUUGUCGUUCCUAUCGACAACCUCCUAGAGCCAGGAGUGGCUAGUGGAGCUUUGAAAAAGCUGGACCAAUUUGCCAUCGAAAAGUUUGGCACAAAAAUGGGUUUCUUGUACCAAGACAUGGUCACGGACUGCCUGUCUCGUAUUCAGGAUCAAUGCAAUGAGGCCAAGGCUAAACUGGCCCAGGGGUUGAAGGCUGAGUGGUCUUCUACUCCGGUAAAGACCCCGGAGCCGACAGUGGUCCGAGUCGAACAGCGGAAGCAAAAGGAAAAGACACGUCCCUCUCAUUCGUCUAUCUACGAUAUUGUUACGCCCAAGCUGCCUUCUCCGCAGGAGCCUGUUUCGCUCCCACGGACCUUCAAGAUCGAUGAGUCGACUGCGGAGAUCUUCGCAAGGUUAUUCAGCAAAUCAGAAUCGCGUGGCCCAGUGGCCUGGGCGGCCUUUGCUGAAGCGAUGGCAAAAUUGGGAUUCUCAAUCUCGCCUAAGUAUGGCUCGGUUUAUACCUUCUAUCCACCGGACAGCAUGACUGUAAAGAAGUCAUUCACUGUGCAUAGACCACAUCAGUCUAAAAUGGAGGGAUAUCGAGUCCUUAUGGUGGCCCGGCGGUUGAGGAGUUUGUAUGGAUGGAGCGAAGAGACCUUUCAAGUUAAAUGA